UGGACUGGAAGGGGCGGAGGUAACCAGAAGCGGCCAGUGGUGGCCGCCCCGCGGUCCCCCACCCCCUCCUCGCCGCGCUCGCGACACGUGUGCAAGGAGGGGGCGCGAGCGGCGGCGCCAGCUGCGUUCUGAGCUCGGGCACCGCUGCCUGCGUGUCUGCGAAGCGCCGGGGCGCCCCCGCCGCGCUCAGCCCGAAGUCGGCCACCAUGGAGGCGCAGGCACAAGGUUUGCUGGAGACUGAACCAUUGCAGGGAAGAGACGAAGAUGCAGUAGCCAGUGCCGACUUCUCUAGCAUGCUCUCUGAGCAGGAAAAAGAAGAGUUAAAGGCAGAAUUAAUUCAGCUAGAAGACGAAAUUACAACAUUACGACAAGUUUUAUCAGCAAAGGAAAGGCAUCUGGUUGAGAUAAAACAAAAACUCGGCAUGAAUCUGAUGAAUGAAUUAAAACAGAACUUCAGCAAAAGCUGGCAUGACAUGCAGACUACUACUGCCUACAAGAAAACACAGGAAACCCUGAGUCACGCAGGGCAGAAGGCGACUGCAGCCUUCAGCAACGUUGGGACGGCCAUCAGCAAGAAGUUUGGAGACAUGAGGUCUCACUCCAUCAGCUACUCCAUUCGCCAUUCCAUAAGUAUGCCUGCUAUGAGGAAUUCUCCUACUUUCAAAUCAUUUGAGGAGAGGGUUGAGACAACUGUCACAAGCCUUAAGACGAAAGUAGGCGGGACGAACCACGGCGGCGGCAGCUUCGAGGAAGUGCUCAGCUCCACGGCGCAGGCCAGCGCGCAGAGCUCGGGGGGCGGCGCCCGGCGGGCCGAGGAGGAGGAGCUGCGGUGCUAGGCCCCGCCCCGCACGCCGCCAGUGAGCGCCGAACCCCCGCGGGCAGAACCCGGGCCUUGACCUUGUUCUUCAAACGGCCUCUCCACAAAGUUUAAUAAAGUGAUUUCCAUUUGUAUUUGUGUUGAUGAUGGACCCCUUGACCAUCACACUUCAGUCUUCCUAACGCUCAUCUUCUAAAAUGUCCUGCCUUGAGCAGGUGCACAAUGGGUCAUGACCCUGGUCUUUGUGUAAUUCAACAUACUUUCCAAACAUGUGGCUCUUAAUUAUUUGCUUUGAUGUUUGCUUGGACUCCUUUAAGAGAUGCAUGUCUUUGGGGGCCAAGUGAGCACCCCCUUUCGGUUCAGUCAGGCCACCGGAGGGAGCUCUUUCCGACCGACCGUCUCCGGCAACCGGAUGACACCGCAAAUUUCAUCAAGCUGCCUGUGAUCAGCCUCACCUCCAUCAAUUACGUAUGUUUAUUU